GCGGUUUUUUCCGUAAGAAUCGCAUAACUUUUUUACUGCAAUUUUUCCUUCAAUAGGAUCAUCGUCAGCUACUACGACGAUCUGCAAUGUUCGAAAAUCGCACAAAGGAUAUAACGUAACAAACACGAAGAUGGUAUCCCGCUGGGGCUAACCAUCCACAUGCUAUGUAUAUUUCAGCUAUAAUAUGUUUACCAAAUGUCCUACUGGACAAAUCGUAAAAUUUAUAUAAAUAAUAAAAAAAAAAAAAAAAUGUUCGAAAAUCCGAGCGAUUAGCUUCGCUCCUCUCUUUCAAUUUUGAUUAUCUUUUCUGCCAACGAAAUAGAUUUGUUUACAAGAUAAUUUGUCAACACGUUAAUUAUACGCUGAUACUCGAGACCGUGUUUGUUGAUGACUACACUAUACUAAAACUGAUUAUUGUAUUGUGAAUGUUUAUGCAAGAUAUUAAAUAUAGAAUCUAAAUUAAGAUUUAGUAGCUCCGUAAAUAUUAUAACGAACAUCUUUUAUCUCGAAGGUUUCUAGAAACAUAAAUUUUAUCUUCAAACUUAAAUUUACUCUUCAUGUUUCGAAUACAUUGAUUUAUGAACUUUAAUUUUUAAACCAAGAUAGCUAUUUAUCUUAAGAAACAGAUCUUACUCAUAGAGGCUAGUUUCAACGUAAAAUGAUUUCAACGAGCUUCCAACAUUUUUCUCGAAUGAAAACUUUUCCCGAUACAUAAGCGGCAGACGGUUCUAGUUUCGAAAAUAUUCGCAAAAAUCUAUCUGCCUAUAAUUGCGCGUCUGUGACAGGGUAUGCGUUAGUAUCGGUUACGAGUCUCUUUAUGAUUUAUAGCUGAUGAUUUACGGCCAUGAUCUUAUUAUGUGUUCGUGCUAAUUCGUAUAUGCAGCGAGAUGAGAAGAACGCAACUUCUUCGUAGACGAUACACGUCUGCCUACGAGACGCGCGUCUCGACGGCACGAGCCUGAGCACCGAUCGCCAAUAUUGCAAUUUGUUAUUAUUUCUUUGUUUUGCCGUGAGUCAUUCGACAGUCGUUGAUGACGGUCAAGCUGUACAUGUUAUUAAUAAAAGAUAAGAGUUAGGUUUUGAUUACGUUAUUUCAUUUACACUGUGAUCAAGAUUAACGCAACUCAAGAUUACGGACGAUAACUAAAGGAAUAAUAUAAUGAAUUUUGUUUUGUCUUUUAUGUAUUCAAACUGAAAAUAACUUCGUAUCAAGGCUACUUAUACCAACACCAGUCAAAAGGACUGGUACCUGUCAAAGUGUAAAAGAAUCCUGCAAUCUGUUUAUCGAACCCCAAUUAACUAGUUUCCUCGUUUUUUACAACUUGCCACACGUUUUUCAAAUUUUUUAUUGCUUAUCAUUCAAUAUGAUGAUAUCGGUUAUCAGGAAAACUCCGGAUCGAUCGUUGGAUCGCUAACACUAUAAAUACCAGACCAGUCAAAAUGAUUGGUUCUACGAUGUUAUAAAUGUGUCGAUCCUCGUUUAGGGAUGAUGGUCCCAGAUGGAUUAAUAAUACGAAAAAUGUACUACAUAACAUGGAAUUGCUUCCUUCUAGCGUGAAGUAACCGACAACAUAUUAAAAAAAUCGUUGAAACGAUUCUAUAUGUUGAUAUGUGAGAUUUCGUUGGAAAUGGAAAACACUAACGCGCGCUCCUUUACACAAGAGAUGAUCAGCCGCUGCAAAACCAAAACCUUCAGACCCACCGAUCACUAUAGCGUUCUUACACGAUGGCUGCAGAAUUGGUUUAGUUGCGUGAAAUUGACACCGUUCGAUCUUCCAGAGGCUUCUGAAGUAACAGAAGAAAACGCUUAUGAUCCAGUGGACAACUAAGGAAGGAUAAGGAAGUAUACACUUCGAAGAUGAUAAAACGAAGAGCAAACCAGCAAUUAUGCGACGGUGCAAUACGAUGUGCCACGGGCCACAUUUUCCCAGUGCAUCGCGCCAUUUUAUCCGCAGUCAGUCCUUACUUCAAGGCGCUUUUCACCAAUAGCCUAAAAGGCGGGAAAACAGAGACGACGGAAGUCGUGAUCGAUUCGGUUCCUGGAAAAAUAUUUAGUCUGAUCCUUGAUUACGCUUACACCGGUACGUGCAACGUAAAUGCUGACAAUGUCGAGCAGCUUUUGCCACUGGCUGACCAGUUCGAGGUCCUCGGCGUUGUUCAAAUCUGCUGUCAGUUUCUCUUACAAGAACUUCGACCGGAAAAUUGCCUGGGCAUCUUCAAAUUCGCUCGCCACUAUUUCUGCCGCGACCUGGAAGAGAAGGGCCGGAAAUAUAUUCGCCAUCACUUUAAGCGGAUACUGCAGGAGAGCCCGGAAUUCAAAGAGCUGACGAGCAAAGAACUCGAGGCGAUUCUACGCGACGACGAAUUGAACGUUAAAAACGAAGAAAUAGUUUUCGAGGCCGUUAAAACCUGGAUCGAGCAUAACGUCGAUGAAAGGAGGCCCUAUUUGCCUAGGCUCUUGAAAUGUAUGCGCUACGGUUUGAUGAGCUACAACUUCUUUACGAACAAUGUUCUCACAUGGAAGAUCAUCGAGGAGGAUGAAUCCUGUCAACAAGUGUUAGCUCCUGCUAAUCAGUACCUGAAGGAACAAGAAGCGAAACUAGGUAGUGGCGAAAUCGAUUUAAAGAACCCCCUGGCUAAGCCCCGCAUUCCCUAUGAAAUCUUGUUCGCGAUCGGCGGAUGGAGCGCCGGUUCCCCAACAAAUUUCGUAGAAACCUACGACACGAGAGCUGACAGAUGGUUUCUAUCAGUGAGCACGGACGCCACACCGAGGUCCUAUCACGGCCUGUGUACAUUGAACAAUUUGAUCUACAUGAUCGGCGGAUUCGACGGUAAUCAGCACUUCAACACGGUCAGAUGCUUCGAUCCAGUAACGAGGGAGUGGCGUGAACGAGCCUGCAUGUAUCACGCGAGGUGUUAUGUCAGCGUUUGCACUCAUGGUGGAAAGAUAUAUGCUCUCGGUGGUUACAAUGGCCGCACCAGAAUGAGCUCAGGGGAAAGAUACGAACCGCAAAGGAACCAAUGGGAAAUGAUACCACCGAUGCAUCGACAGAGAUCGGACGCGAGCGCAGCUGCCUUACAGAACAAGAUCUACAUCGUAGGCGGUUUCAGUGGUCGCGAAGUUCUGAAUUCCGCGGAAGUGUUCGACGUCGAGACUAAUCAAUGGAGUUACAUCCAUCCGAUGAUCAAUCCACGAUCCGGCGUGUCUUUGGUCGCGUUUCGUGACAGCCUUUAUGCCUUGGGUGGCUUCAACGGUUUCAUUAGACUUAGCUCUGGGGAGCGUUACAAUCCGAAUCAUUCGGAGGAUUGGCACGCGGUUCCAGAGAUGUUCAGCCCCCGCAGUAAUUUCGCCACGGUCAUCCUGGACGACAUGAUAUUCGUCGUCGGUGGUUUCAACGGUUCCACGACGAUCGCAUACGCGGAAUGUUACGACGGAGACAGCAACGAAUGGUACGACGCAUCGCCGAUGAAUUUGAAUCGAAGUGCCUUGAGUGCGUGCGUUAUCGCUGGCCUUAACAAUGCGCACGAGUACUCGUAUCAUGGCAAAGCGCGAGAUCUUGGUCAAGGCCAAGCCUCGUCGGAAAGCCAACAAAAAACUAUCCAGGGUGGAGAGGGUGCUGUAGAAACGAACGCAGACAUCCCCACCGAAGAGGAGGAAACAGCAAACUUCGACGAACACGUUCAAAGGGAUGUCAGCCCUAUGAACGAGAUGGCUGAAAGUGUCGGCAAUUAUUUAGGAUAAUUCAAAGGACACUAUACAUCAAAUUAGAUUUUCUAAAGUUUAAAAAUGUAAAAAAAGAGAUACUUCGUUUGGGGAAUGUUUAUUACACGAAUACGUGAGAUUUUUGUCGCGCCACCUUAUCGCAAACGAGAAAAUCGUGCAAUAAUUGCAAAUUAUGCACAGUAUACCGUAAAAUAGAUUAAUAAAUGACAUUUUUUUACAUUCUAUCAAAACAUAAAGAAAUAAGAAUGUAAAUGUAUGGUGGUACAAGAUUCUCAAUUAUUUGUGAAACAACAAAUUUGCGGAAGAUGAGUUUAGAGAAGUAAAGUAAUUAAAAAGAAAAUUAGUAGCCAGAACCAGGCGUUUGGAACAAAGAACAUGGUCGGUAUUUAGAAUGUUUCAAGUUGAUCCUCUUUUUUUAUAGCUCGUUUUACAAAGUAAAUUUUCGCGUAAGACGUUUACGCAGGUUUUAAUUGCGAUUAGGUCUUCCAAUUUUUAUCGAAAAUCGCUAUUUUGUAAAAGGUAUUAUUUUUUCUGCUACGCUAUCUUUUUCCCUUUUUUUUUUUUUUUAGAAGAUACUUGCGCCUUGCAAAAUUUUUGUCGAUUUUCUAUUCCGCAAGGGUCAACGGACUUUAUUGAUUUGCGUAAUAGCGACUAAUUUAUGUAUUUUAUUACGGCUUUAAAUAUCUUUUCUCUCGUUCAGAAUACGAUUCUCACGAAGAUACACCUGCAUGGCUGGUUGUUUCACACGUUUACCACGAUCUUUUUCUUCCCUUUUUUCCCUUUCAUUUUUUGAAUAAUUAAUCAAAAUUGUUAUUUUUCUAUGCGCACGUUUUCCCUGUCCCUGCAUGUGUAUCUUAACGUAGCACAAUCUCUUUUUGGUCGAGAUCCUGAUACGCCUUCAUCUGUUAUUUUAAUCGAAUAAAAGUAUACCAA